AUGGCUGCCCAAAACCAACACAUAGCUUCUCUACGUCUAGCUCAAGCUGCCAUUUUCUGUGGAAAGGGUUUUGAAGAUGCAGCGGGGUAUGCUCGCUACCUCCAUCACUUUCAAGAUCGUUCCCUGCAUCCCUCUAUCACUCUUGAUCCCUCCAGAUUCAAUAGGUAUGGGAUGGAUGUCCCACGCCUAAUUAGCACUAUUGGAUGGGGGGAUAUUCUUCCAAAUCGCAACUUUGGGUUUCGACCUGAGGCAGUUCGGAUGUUUUCUGCCAAUAUGAAGUCGUGUCUUCAUAUCUCUCCUCCGUGCUUUACAACGAUAGUAUACAACUAUCUGAUCACCAUCAAUGUGGAAUUACUGUCUCUGUUGCUUGGAAUUCCCAUUGCGGGAGCUGAAGUCAUGAAUGAAUCUGACUUUCAUUCAAUCGAGUUCAAUGAAGGAGAUGCUAUGCGCCUGUAUACUCGCGACACUGGACGUUACUAUCCCUCUGAGUUUCAUGCUGGGCGACUCCCAGAUGAUCUUAAAGUGAUGCAUUUCUACAUAACUCGAUGCUUUCUGCCUAGGUCGUUUGGGCUCAACACAAUUUAUCCUUCAGAUCUCUGGAUCCUGGCUAGUGCCAAAGAAAACCGAGUUAUCAGCUAUCCCCAUCUUAUGUUCGACCACAUGUUGAACUUCCAUGCUGAUAACUAUGCUGCUGAUCUACCUUUCGCACCACAGAUUACUCAGAUUCUGCUGGCCUUAGGCAUAGAUCUCCGUUUUAAAGUGGCUCGUGUUGAUAUUCUCGGUUCUCUUCGUGCUCAAUUCGUUCUUCGUAAGGUGGACGCUUCUGUUGGACGUCGUGGCCCCCGAGUCAAUGCUCCAGGGGGAGAAGCAGCAACUGCUGGAGUUCCCUCUCGCCAGGACGGACUCAGCUUGUCUGAGCUAGGAGGGGAUGAAGCAGAGGAAGGACCAGAUACAGACAUGGCAGACAGAGUCGUAAGAGACAAUGGGAAGCGACCAAUGGUGGACCCGCUGGAGGCUGUUCGGGCUAUGUUCAGGCAGGAGGAGGCAAGCAGUAGCAAUAGGGGUCUGAUGAUUGAGGAUGAUGAUACCAUAUCAGACUAUGUACCGUCACCUAGGUUCUCUUUUUAG